GCAGAUAUUGAUGAGUGUGCAGAGGGCAUCAUUGAGUGUCACAACCAUUCACGCUGUGUUAACCUCCCAGGGUGGUACCGCUGCGAGUGCAGAAGCGGUUUCCAUGACAAUGGCAGCUACUCUCUUGCCGGGGAGUCCUGUGUUGAUAUCGAUGAGUGUGCCUUAAAGACCCACACGUGCUGGAACGACUCUGCCUGCGUGAACCUGGCAGGGGGCUUCGAUUGCCUCUGCCCGUCUGGCCCAUCCUGCACAGGUGACUGUCCCCACGAAGGUGGCCUGAAGCGCAACGGGCAGGUGUGGACGCUGAGGGACGACAGAUGCUCCGUUUGCUCCUGCAAGGAUGGGAGGAUUUUCUGCCGGAGAACGGCCUGCGACUGCGAGAACCCCAGCGCCGACCUCUUCUGCUGCCCCGAGUGCGACACCAGGGUCACCAGCCAGUGCCUCGACCAGAGCGGGCACAAGCUCUACCACAGCGGGGACAACUGGACCUACAGCUGCCAGCAGUGCCGCUGCCUGGAAGGAGAGGUGGAUUGCUGGCCUCUUCUGUGCCCGAAUCUAAACUGCGAGUACACAGCAGUCUCGGAAGGGGAGUGCUGCCCCCACUGCGUGAGUGACCCCUGCCAGGCCGAUAACAUCACGUACGACAUCAGCAAAACCUGCCUGGAUGGCUACGGGGUCCCCAGACUCAGUGGCUCCGUAUGGACCAUGGCCGGAUCUCCUUGUACAACCUGCAAGUGCAAGAACGGGAAUGUCUGCUGCUCGGUGGAUGUGGAGUGUCUCCACAAUAACUGAAGCAGUGAGAGUGGACUGUUGUGGGUGAGGAACACUGCCGGAGUUGCCAUCUGAAUUGAAGACGUAUGAGUUGAUGUUUUGUACAACAGACAAUUACCAAAGUCUCCGCAUGAGGAAGAUGUUUGGGAGUUGCCUUUGGGACCUAUCACGAUGCUCAUCCUUGCUAGCCUUGUCUGGGUGACUUACAGCGCAUACGAGUCAAUGGUUGUUAAAAGUUUUCAGUGGUGUAAAUGACACACUUUUGCUGUCAAGACAUUUGCAAAUAUGUUUAAAUUAUCUCAUGAGUAAACUAAUGCUGUAUUUUUGUUUUAAGUUGUGUAUUGACAACAUGAGAGGUCAGCUUUUCUUACUUUGCAUCAAGAUUUUACAGGUGAGACAUCCUGUUGUGAUUUUGUCCCCAUGAUAUCACAUACUUAGUUGCAAGGUCCCUGUCAGUUGUAUUUAUGAAAAUAUGUAUGUAUGUACAGUCAAAUUGCAUAGUACUUAUAUUGCACAGCUGUCUGGCAUUUUAAAACAUUUAAAGAUAUAUUUGAUUGGACAGAGUGGAAGUGACCAAACUAAGUCCAU